AUGUUCAAUCAAGCCAGACAACCAAACAUUCUGAUCGACAACGUUUCGGGAGGGUACAGUCGUGGUUUCGCGGACCUAGCCAUGGGUAACGCGGCUAAACUUGCGGCAUACUGGCCCUAUGUCGUGGCUCAACAUGAGACGGGUGAUAUCAUUCAAGUUGAUCACAUGCUGGGGGAUGGUCUUGUCCCCACCGAGGACUGGUAUGUCCAGAAUCUCAACAUCACCGCCUACGAGGGCUCGUCGCUAUGCAUAGUACCCACCAGUUCCAACUUCACCGAGAUCAAGGAAUCCAAAGCCUAUGGUGUAGUCUACCAGAAGCCCAAUCAGGGCUUGGCCAUCCAUUACCCUGCCUUUGAGCCAGGCACGCCCGACGCCGUGCAGCUCGAACGGGUUCCUGAAACAUUCCCCGAGCUCUACACAUUCCCGCCCCAGACUCCGAUGGCCGCCUUUGCCAUCCCCCGAGGCUCCAACGACAACGACAGCCUCGUGGACAUCUACCUUGUCAUCAAGAGUUACACUGGCAAAUUUGCCGUUUGGUUCAGCGAGAACUCAUCCUCUUGGAGGGAGGAAUUCCCUGCGGUUUUCCAGGAGGUUGAUGAAGAUUCGGACAUUGCAUGUUCCACCAUGGCAGUCACAAACAUGGACUGGGAAGGGAAGGAGGUCCCGCUGGAGCGUGGCGAAGUGCGGUGUUAUUUUCAGCGUAAUGGCAUUGUUGUUGAAGUAGCUUUUGAGGGUUUGAUUUGGACUGAGGUUGGGGUGGUGCCGAUACCAUGA